AAAGUAUGAUGUUAAAUGCAACAAGACUUUGUUAAGCACAUGAUAAACUACUAGAACUCUGUAGUUACUGAUAUCGUGAUAUCGUUUCGAAAUAUUUUUAUAUAUGGUUGUAUAUUACAUUACACACGCUCUUAUAUAUUAUGCAAGAUAAUUUCUGACCGACCCCUAGUCGAUCGAACGUUAGUCGCACGCAAUACUUCUCUUCGUUAACGUGUGCUCCGUGUGAUUACUUCGCGUAGAUAUUUUGUGCGAAUUCAAUAAAUCACAUUUAGAGUCUCGAUACACCAGUUCGUGUCUUACCGAUUUCUAGUCUGCUUCUCUUCAAGAAUCAACAAAGAGUUAUUUGACAAAUAAUUAUCAAAAACUUAUUUUGCACUUAAACGUGUUAUCUUUAUAUUUAUUUUUUUACUGUAGAAGACAUAUCUCAAUCAUGGCUUGUCCAGUAUCAAGCGGUAUUGCAGAAAAUCAAGAUUUGGGCGAAGACAUAAGGAUAACGCAAGGACCAGCAUUACUUUACGGCGAAUAUCUGUGCUUAGACAAAAUUUUGUCCGCGCAAAGGUUGCUCAGCGCCGAGUAUAGUGACGAAGUUCACGAUGAGCAUCUUUUCAUCGUCACCCAUCAAGCCUACGAGCUCUGGUUCAAACAAAUUAUUUUCGAGCUCGACUCCGUCAGGACGGUUUUCACCUCCGAAUCCACCAUAUGCAACGCGUCCAACGGAUCUUCCAAUGAGCACUCGGCCAUCAACGAGAAAAAUAAAUCUUCUUACAUCCUGAACGAGUCAAAAACUCUGGAGAUCCUGAAGCGAUUGAAUCGCAUUGUACUUAUCUUGAAACUGUUGGUAGAUCAAGUAACAAUUCUCGAAACGAUGACGCCGUUGGACUUUAUAGAAUUUCGAGACUAUCUGUGUCCAGCUUCGGGCUUCCAGUCGCUACAAUUUCGUCUAUUGGAGAACAAACUGGGCGUGAAGCAAGAGAACAGAGUCAAAUAUAAUCAGAAUUAUAUAAAGGUUUUUGGUAGAGAUCCGAAAGCUAUCGAGGCAAUCAAGAGAUCGGAGGAGGAAUGCAGUCUCAGUACUCUGGUUCAAAGAUGGUUAGCCAGAACGCCAGGUCUCGAGACAAAUGACGAUUUCAAUUUUUGGGGAAAAUACAAGCGAUCGGUGGAACAAAUACUGGCCGAGCAGGAAAAAGCCGCACACAAACAACCGAGACAACAAGUCAGAGAGUACUUACUGAAUAAUGUGCGAUCGCGGCGGGCAGUUUUCGAAACCAUCUUCACCGAAUCUCUUCACAACGCUCUUGUUUCGCGGGGCGAACGAAGAUUCUCGCAUGAGGCUCUUCAAGGAGCGAUAAUGAUCACUUUGUAUCGGGAUGAGCCGCGAUUUAGUCAGCCGCAUCAGAUUCUUACGGCGUUAAUGGAUAUCGACUCUCUAAUUACGAAAUGGAGGUAUAACCAUGUUAUCAUGGUACAAAGGAUGAUCGGAUCUCAGCAACUAGGUACCGGUGGCUCUUCUGGCUAUCAAUAUUUAAAGUCCACGUUAAGUGAUAGGUAUAAAGUCUUCCUGGAUUUGUUCAACUUGUCGACGUUCUUGAUACCUCGUCACAUGAUUCCGCCGCUGACAAAGCAAAUGAAAACGAAGCUGUCAAUCGCUUGGAAUGGUUGGGAUGUGGAUGCAAAUCAAGAUAAGCCAGAAGACUCUUAAAUAAUAAGCUUCUAAAUCGACAGGCAGAUCUAAUGAAAUUCUGACUCUGAUAGGUUCAAAUUUUUCUAACAUUUUCUGUAAUGUAAGAAAUGUUAAAUAACAAUUAUGCUGCACAUGUAAUAAUUAAUUUU